AUAGACCCAAUAUAAAAUAAGAAAAGGACGACCAACUUUCGGGGAUUAUCCGGUUGAUUUACGGUCCGUGACUCGAGUCUACAAAGUCAAAGAGACGGAGACGCAAAACAACUGGGCUCAAUCCCAAAUGAUUCCAGGAAAAACAUAUUGAUUGAUUCCCCAGUCUGCACUGCAUCGAAUCGAUAAACAACAGGCGGGCGAUACAGUCAAGAGAGCGGAGACCUUUUGACCGGUGGCCAGUCAUCCUUUAGUUCCAAGAGAGCCCAUGGGUUCUGUUUUCGACUGCGCCCAAGCUCUUGAGAUAUCAUCAACUCCUCCUCAAGGCCGGCUGGGAUCAUUGAACCUGGAUCUCCUUCCAGCUGCUGGUGUGUUCUCAUCGCCCCUUUAUUGGUGGUAGAGAUGCGUAUAGUGCUGCUCCAGCUGGUGAAAUGGUGACAACAAUCCGCAGCAGCCAACUCUUGGUGUUGGUUAAGCCCAAUUUGAAGAAAGUCAGCAACAGCAGUCACUGCCUCGCCAUUUGUAGGAGCAGUUCUCCCCGGCAAUAACACCAGACAAUGUUUUCUGUUAGCGAUGCUCUGCCUGGCCCAAUCCUUUCUCGCUCCCCAUUCGCCGUCCACCGAUUCCUAUGGCUGUUGGCCAUGUCAGCUCUGCACCAGGAAUUAUCAGGAGGAGGAGGAUUAGCGUGGGCGGCCAUUACGGGCGUCGGAUUGGCGGUGCCCAGCACUCCGCUGCAGAUCCAGAAAGCCACGCUGGGCAGCGUCCAGCCGGUCAGGACGGUGGAAUUGACCCAACGCCCCUGCGAUCUCAACGCCCUGUCGCGCAUCCCGGACGAUACGUAUUGCGACAAAUAUUACGUCUGCUCGGCGGGCAAGUACGUCGGACUCUUCUGCCCCAUCGGCAUGGCCUUUGACUACGGGCUGCAAGAAUGUCGGCUGAAGCAUCGCGUCGAUUGCUCCAAACGACCCCUCAUCUUCGGCAAUAGUGUCUUGCCGGGAGCUACAACUUCGACUGUGAUGCCGGAAUCAACAACAACAACAACUCCUACGCCCCACUGGACGACGAGUAUGCCCGGUAGAAUGACAUCCCCACCGAUUACCGACGCCCAUCCACCUGGACACGGCCAGCAGCACACGCAUGGGAGCGUUAUGACUCUGCCGUUUGGUGCCAAAGUGACAAUUCCCUUCGGGUCGACCCUAUUCCUUCCGCCCGGAACUCAAGUCGAGAUGCAACAACAGCAACAACAGUUAACACCGUCCUCAUCUCCAGCCCCUUCAUCGCAUUCGCAUCACCACCAUCGGUCCAGUAGUUCGAUUGAUGUCAUGAGCGAUCCUGUUAACAAGGAAACUCGAUCAGCUGUCGGCAAUGUCGACUCCGACUAUUACUUUGACGACGAAGGUGCCGUCGAUCCUGGAGUUACCGGCGGUGCUGAGUGACGAUAAUCAGCCAAAAACACGCGGAAUCCUUUGGGGGAAGGCGACAAUCCCGUUUCACAUCGAGUGAUGUCCCACGUACGGUAAUGAUCCUGAUCAAGAUGUAUCCUAAACGACAAUAAUACACUUUGUACUAAAUUUA